AUGGAACCCCGCCCUGUUGUGCCUUAUGCGCCAGUACAACUGGUGGUUGGCAUGGAACCCCGCCCUGUUGUGCCUUAUGCGCCAGUACAACUGGUGGUUGGCAUGGAACCCCGCCCUGUAGUGCCUUAUGCACCAGUACAACCGGUGGUUGGCAUGGAACUCCGCCCUGUCGUGCCUUAUGCGCCAGUACAACCGGUGGUUGGCAUGGAACCCCGCCCUGUUGUGCCUUAUGCGCCAGUACAACUGGUGGUUGGCAUGGAACCCCGCCCUGUUGUGCCAUCCGCGCUAGUACAACUGGUGGUUGGCAUGGAACCCCGCCCUGUUGUGCCAUCCGCGCCAGUACAACUGGUGGUUGGCAUGGAACCCCGCCCUGUUGUGCCUUAUGGGCCAGUACAACCGGUGGUUGGCAUGGAACCCCGCCCUGUUGUGCCUUAUGCGCCAGUACAACUGGUGGUUGGCAUGGAACCCCGCCCUGUUGUGCCAUCCGCGCCAGUACAACUGGUGGUUGGCAUGGAACCCCGCCCUGUUGUUCCAUCCGCGCCAGUACAACUGGUGGUUGGCAUGGAACCCCGCCCUGUUGUGCCAUCCGCGCUAGUACAACUGGUGGUUGGUAUGGAACCUCGCCCUGUUGUGCCUUAUGGGCUAGUACAACCGGUGGUUGGCAUGGAACCCCGCCCUGUUGUGCCUUAUGCGCCAGUACAACUGGUGGUUGGCAUGGAACCCCGCCCUGUUGUGCCUUAUGCGCCAGUACAACUGGUGGUUGGCAUGGAACCCCGCCCUGUCGUGCCUUAUGCGCCAGUACAACCGGUGGUUGGCAUGGAACCCCGCCCUGUCGUGCCAUCCGCGCCAGUACAACUGGUGGUUGGCAUGGAACCCCGCCCUGUCGUGCCUUAUGGGCCAGUACAACCGGUGGUUGGCAUGGGACCCCGCCCUGUCGUGCCAUCCGCGCCAGUACAACCGGUGGUUUGGCAGAUUCCAGGGGCGUGUCUAGAGAAAAACACAGGGUGGUGUCAAUUGAAUAAUUCACUGACCACGGAUCAACGAAGUUCAUAUCGGUGUCCUUAG